AUGACGGUGGCAGCCGAGACGGAACCCAGCUCAUCAGUCAUCAAAUCGACUGUAUACCUGUCCUCAAAGUCCCUUCCAACCACUACCAAUCUUGUAAAUGUUCAUUUGGAAGUCUUGCCUCGACUGCGGACAGCAACCUUCUUCGUAUCAACUCCAAAUCCCGACGUAAUAAGCAUACAAGACACCAUAUUAACCAUUGAUGGAUGCAAAAUAUUCCUCCCAGUCUCUAUAUCCAAGAGAUCACGAACAUCAACCUCGGUCGAAGGUGUAGACAUCACCGCAUCCGUUGCCGACACAGACGAGCUGGCUUGCACAGUAGAUUCACCGUAUACCGCCUCAUCACUAAAGAAACUUAGUCGAAUAACGUGUCAUGGAUGUAAUUCUGACUUGAUUGUUAGAAACUCAAAGGAGGACGAUACGACUACUUUUCGCCGAGUUUUGGACUUGCCGUCCUCGCAUUGGCAUGAAGUGGUGGAUUGCUGGAUGUGUCAUAUGGAGGAUUAUAGUAAACUGAUUACGCCAAAUGGAUGGUUGCAUCCUAAACCUCGGGACUUGCUGGUUGGAGGUGCUUUUGUGGUUUUGCAUUCACUGGAUAUGGAGAUAGCAAACCUGCUGCAUGGGGAGGUAUCUCAACGUGAGCGCUGGACUUCGGUCUUGUGUAAAGAGUGUUUAGCGCCACUAGGAGAAGUUAGUAACAAGGUCGAAAAUGAACCGGACUCUCCUGUUUCAUACAAGAUUUACAAGUACUCUGUAGACUUUUGGACGAAUUCAGAUUCGGCGGAUCCAUAUCGUAGCUUUCCCGUUUAUCUGGCGCACGACUUGCUAGAAUCUGCUUCAUCCACUGCAUCAUAUCGCUAUGUGGUUUGGUCUUUUGGACUUGGAAAGGAUGAGAAAGCUAAACCGUUCAUGCUGCUCUGGAUGUUGAAUGCAGACGUUCGAGUUGCUAGUCUAGAAACACAAGCCAGCCAAGCAAUUGAUGACUCUGUCGAUUCGAAUGAUAAAUCGACCAGCCUGAAAUCUCGACGUGCUCUCAAAGUCUUGUACAUGGACUGCCGUGGCUCACUCGACCCAGAUCGUGCCAAGAUUUCGUCAACAUGGUUGGCAUCCAAGACAGCGGAGCGUCUCACCUUCCCAUCGGCUCAAUGUCUUGAGCUGUUAAGUACUCUUGACCAAUCUGCUACUGUGCAUAUACCAGCUUCAAAACGGACGCUCAACCACAUGAAUGUUGGGUAUCUCUUCCCGUAG